CAGGCCGAACCGGCUGAUAUUCCCCUUCAGUCUAUCCACAUCCUCCUUGACUCCACAGCUUUCGUUCGGAGUUUUUGGUACUAGCUCAGUAUCUCAUAAGAGGAGGUCUUGAAGGUCACCAGUCAGUUUUUCGCCGACUGAACUUACAGCUGAGGUUUGCUCCGCAAGAUUUCUUGGCUCAUUAGACAGCUCAAACUAUUAUUAGGAUUUGGUUCUGUGUCUCAUUUCUGUCAUCAUUUCUCGUCCGACUUUGUCAUUUGUAUGCUCACUCCUUUAAAUAAAUGAUCAAACAAGAGCACCUAACAUCUCAGGCUUUCUGAACCCGGAAUUGAGCGUAGAUACAGUGCUCGAUUAACACCCAGACAAACAUCAACCUGCCACCCACUUUCCUGCUUACUCCUGCAUUUCCAACUUUCUCAUCUCACCUGAUCUAGAAGCUAGCCAUCCUUCUUAAAAACAGGAGCUUGUUCGACUCACUUCGCCAAACCAAUUCCUCAAAGCCCAUUCUAUCUUAUUGCUCAGUUGGUAUUAAAGUCAAGCUUCUUUGCCGAUCACACAGCUCACUCCUUCCGCACCCGCUAAUUUUCUCGUGGACUUUCUGGAACCUAUCAGCUGAAAGAGGAUGUCGGGUGUCACUGGCAAGAAGAUAACAUUGGCUAUUUUUGCAUUUCUUGGGAUGGCCCUGAUCACUCCUAAAGUGCUUGGUUUCACCUUCAACUCUCUGUGCACACCGGAAGCGUGUCUCAAUGGUUCCAUUGGCCAGUUAUCUACGGGUGUAGUGUUGAACAAUUCUGUCACUAGCACGCUCCUCACACCCGGAAAUUAUUCCCGUUUUCGCGAUACUGCUAGUGUCCGCGCCAACCCGGGCUUUACAAUUGAUCAACAAGCCGGCCUAGUGGUUACCCAACUAUCACCCAUGAUCGUUUACCCUCGUCCGCUCUAUCAGGACGAACCUCAGCUUCUCGGAGAACAACUCGACAACCCCAAGGCGCAUGUGGCUUCCUUUUUACUAGGCAAGGGUUUUCAGGCAUCUUUUGGGAGAAAUGGAGCUGUCCUACUUACCGCGCACGAUAGCUGCCCCAACGUAAAGCAGUGGAGCAUCAAGAGUCUUGAGUUGAUGUCAGUCGAGCCCAACAAUUGCCCUGGCGGAUGUGGAUCCGGAGGAAGUUGCAAUCGGUUGACAUCCACUUGCGAGUGUAAAACGGGAUAUACAGGCCCACGUUGUGAUUCCUGUGGUUCCGGGUACUUUGGAAUUGACUGUCAACGAUGCCCAAGCUGUGAUAAGUCACCGGAAAGUACCUGCGAUGAUGGAACUACUGGCACGGGUACCUGUAUCUCACUCAAUCCAAAUUUAAACAAGGCACAAAAACUGUUUUCUAUUUCUCAAAACAAUUGUAAUUGCUUGAACGGUGUAUGCACGGGCACCACAAGCUGUCUUUGCUCUUCUGGAUGGACUACUUCGUCAUCAAACGGAACACUGUGUGCCGAGUGCAUGGCUGGGUUUUUCCUUGACUCUCGAGGGGAAUGUGUCGCUUGUGGCCCUGCUUGCGAAUCUUGCACCGGUCCUUCUGGUAUCUGCCAGUCGUGCGUUCAAGGAUUCGAGCUCUCGAAGAACGAUUCGAAAACUUGCGUGCCUUCGACGAUUAACUUGAAUGGCGCCGCACCUACUUCUUGUAGUGAUGGUUUUUUUAAUUCCCAGAAUUCCACCUGCGCACAGUGUGAUCCGGCCUGCAAAAAUUGUUUUGGAGCUUCAGCAAACUCGUGCACUCAAUGCGCUUCACCCAAGGCUCUCCUCUCCGCCGGUCAUAUCGGAAACGACACUCCCAGUCUCGGUGCCACUUGCGUUGAUGUCGAUUCCAACACGGGUGUCUGCUUCUCCCCGCCCGGAAGUCUCUUCCUCUUCAAUCAAAGUAAAGGGAUCUGCGACCCCGCUCCACAUCUUUGUUCGGCCGCUACCAUUCCUGGAUUCUCUUUACUUCACCCCCAAUUGGCUAGCAGUAGGGGCGCAGUCUGUUCAGCAUGCGUCGAAGGUGCUCUUCUUUUGCCAGACCGACCUGGGGGAUCAGAGGGUGGAUGCGUUGGCAUAUGCCCGAGCGGUACUUACGAUGAUCUUCAUGGUCACUGUACGGCCUGUCCGGCCGGGUGUUCAACUUGCAACCUAUCAGGAGACGGGCGCCAUCCCCAGUGCAUCACUUGCGCAAAUCCAAAUAUGCUUCUCAACUCAGGGACGUGUACGGAAACAUGCCCGGCCGGUACCUUUCCCAGUGUGACGGCUAACGAUACGCCACAAGCACCCAAAGGAGUCAACGUCUGCUUACCCUGCUCGGCUUCAUGUGGCAACUGCACGCAAUCCCCAACAGCUUGCCAAAGCUGUCCGAAGACUAGACCGGCCUUUGAUCCCGGGACUCAAACAUGCGCUAUGGCCUGCCCGAAAGGAAAAUUUGUGGAUCUCAACGCGGGAGGUCGCUGUUCACCCUGUGAAGCCUCCUGCGAGACGUGCAGCGGGAUCGGACCUGAUAAUUGUCUGAGCUGCAGAAUGGGCGACAUUCUCCAGGAGGGUAAAUGUCAUGUAAGCGUAUGCGCAAACAGCACAACACAAAUCGUUGCGGAUUGGGGAGUCUGCUUGCAAGACCUGUUUGCCGCCAACUCAGAAAUUGGCUCCAAGGGAAUUCCUUCUUGGCUCAUCGUGCUCGUUGCUAUAUUACUGUCGGUUACGUUCAGCGCCACUUGUCUGUUAAGCUGGAGACUUUGGCAACGGAAAAAACGGCAAAAAAAGACGAAGCAAUUUGGAAGCGAACUGGCAACAUCAGACAUCAAGCUUCAUCAACUGGAUGGACCGAUAGGUCAAGAGUUGAAUCAACCGGGUUGGAGCGACGAAACAACUUCUAUGGCACUUAAUUACAGGCUUUCGGCGCGAACGCCGACUCCAAGCGAAUUCAAGAUUAAGCGGAAGGUCGUUCCCACAGAUGAUCGAAUGUAUGAUUUGGAGCGUGAAAGCAUGUCGAUCUACAGUCGCAGUGAACAACAGAAUCGCGCCAGUCAGCCUGGAAGUAUCGCCGAACUCCCUAUUAACAGUCUUGACACACACAGCUCAAAAAGCAUCAGGGAACAAGGUAGAAAUGCCCAGGGUAGUGUUUGGUUUGAAGAUGGAAUGCAUAGGCAGCCAAGCCAGCACUUCGGGCCACAGCUUGCAUCUCAUCCCUCUAUAGGUUCCUUCAAAUCGACCAGGCUACAAUAUUAGCAUUUAAAGUGGAGAAAAGCAUUUCUUUCUCUCUUAUUUCAAUUUACUUACUCCUCAUUUACCACUCAAAUCUCUCGAUCAGAGGUAUUCAUCCUGCCUGUCAUAGAUUAGCACAAACAAUUUAUAUCCAGCCAUUGAUACACCAACUACAUGUACAUCCAAAAGUUACCCUGAUAGAUUCAAUCCAAUCAACCAUUGAUAGAUUUGAAAAUAAAGCUUGAUCACUUAACUUUUUUCAUUUUAUAGUCUUACAUCCCACCAUAAUUGUAAAAUGCCAAAUUUGAUAUCAAAAGAUAAUUAAAGCAAACAUACUUCUGAUCUGUGAAACGCCGGUUUAAAAAUGUCCUGUUGAGAAUCUUUAUUGGCUGAG